GCAGACUAUAUCGUCUUACUGUGCGAUAACAUACAGACCACCAAGAUGGCCCUUAAUUAAUCUGCAGUCAGCAUCUAUAAGUAUGGUAUGCGCUUUGUGUGACCUAAGUGGAAAGUAUUGUUUCAAGGUUGACAGGAGUUGUUACCUACACUUCACUUCGCAGGUGAACUGUUUGAAGUCGUCGAAAAGUCCGUGCAUCUAGAUAGUUGUGAAUGCCAAGAGAAAUUUGCAAGUUAGAUGAGAAUUCACUGUCUAAGCUGGAAUCCAACUCAUGGCAGGAGCGUAGAGAUGCUUUAGAACUUAUCAGUAAUCAGUUAAAAGUCUCAACUUUGCCGAGUGGACUUCUUGGUCAGGUGACUAAAGGACUAUGCCAAUUUCUGUUUUAGUUCAAUAUAUGUCCUGUUUCCAAUGAAAAAUACUGAAGUAUAAAUUAUCUUGUGUAUAUAAUAUUUUUUAUAUUUACAUGAACUGUGUACACUCUGUGAUGAUGACUAAUAAUUGCCUUACUUGCCUUGUAUAUAUCUUGCUUUCUUUUCAUCUUUUGAUCUAAAU